AUGCGUCUGCUCCCCCUCCUCCUUCUCCCCCUCGCCCUCGCCUCACCCGCUGAGAAGCGUGGCGGCGGCGGCGACGACGACGACGACCGCCGUCCCCGUCCCCGUUGCUCGACCGGUACCGUUUAUUCCGUCACCACGGCCUGGACUACUAUUCCCCGGCCACAGGAGACUAUCACCCGCUCCGUCUGGGGCUACUGCUACGAGACCUUCUACACCACCGUCGUCAAAGCCACCACUGUUCCGGGCACGAAGACGAUCCAUUCACUGACGAUACAGACCGAGUCAUCCACCCCCACUACGUUCACGCGCCUCCCUCCAACCACCACCACCAAGACAUAUACCGCGACGGUGACACGUAACCCCAAGGACCGGCGCGACGAGUACGAGGACGAGCAGAAGCGCGACGCCGAGGCCGAGGCGGAGCCCGAGCUCACCAACGCGCAGCGCCUGCAGCGCGGCCUGCCCCCGCGCUCUCCCGCCCACCUCAUCCGGAAGCGCACCGGCGGCGGCGGCGGUGGUGGUGGCGGUGGUGGCGGUGGUGGUGGUCCCCGCCCCAACCCCUCGUGCACGCACUCGGUGACGACGAUCUGGGCGACCAUCUCCAAGACCGACCGCCCCUGCCCGACCACCACCGUCCGCGAGGUCUACUGCAAGCCCACCACCAAGACGGUCAACUCGUACGUCCCCACGACGACAUUCCGCACCAAGACGACGACGGUGCCCGGCACCAAGACGUCGACGAUCACCAAGCCCCCUCUGUCGACCAAGACUAUCCGCACCACUGUCACCACCACUGUCACCGGCAAGCCGUGCAAGCGCGACGCCUACGGUAAUAUUAUCGAGGAGUAGACGCGCGCACCGGACACUGCAUAUAGAGUCGAUCAUAGUAUCUAGCUGGCUGCGCAUGGACACUAGCCUGCGUCGUUCAUGUAUAAUCGCUGCGGGUUUAGGGCGGGUGGACGGGUGGAACUGGAACACGCAGGAUGUUUGCACCUGGCCCCCCGGGCCGCUCGACACCGUGAGUCCGCCCCCGCAGGCAGGCUCAUGACCCCAGCACCGAGGCGGACACCAGUAUGGGGCGCAGUAAGCUCAAGCGUCGCCCAAUUUCGGACUAAGCUCAGCAAAUGACGUCCGCCGUGGCGCCGCAGACGAUCGACUCCACGUCGGUAUCGCAGCAAUGAUGUCCGCACGCCGGAGGGAUGGGGGGAAACGCGGGGUGGUUGAGCGGCCUGAUGCUGAGGGGCUCGCCGAGUCCCGAUGUGCUCAACAGUGAGCUGCGCCGGGGUAGAUGACGUGAAGUGAGCCAGAGAACUCGCAGCGCCGGAGAAC